AUGCGAUCACGCUCAGCGCAGGACUACUGGUGUAAGAAGUUGACGACGCCGAUAUGCGACAUUCUCGACACCGCAGACGGCGUUGCUGCGCGCCGAUACAACCAGUCCACCACUUUCGGCGCAGUUCCCGACAACAACGACGGCACGAACUUGAGCUCUCGGAAACAGUCACGAACAAGUUCUCCCUUCUCCCCAUUCUGCGACCUUGAGAAACUCAGCUACAUAUGGAUAGUUGGAAAACAGCUUUCCGGCGGGGGAGGGGAACGCUUUAUAUCAAACACUUACUCGAGAGUUGCGGUCGAGAUUGUUGCCUCGUCCACCGCCCUGGGGGAAACUGGGAGAGAAAAAGCUCAUGAGGAUUGGGUGGCCUCAUACCCGACGGAGACUCUCGACUUUCUCGUCAAGCGGCCUCUCCGGGGAUCCAUGGAACAAAGAAGUGACGAGAACGACCACAUUCGCCAGGAGCGGAACAAGAAGCAAAAGGGCGAAAUCGCAGCAGAGAAUGCAGGAUUCGAUGGAGUUGGCCAGGGUGCUUUGGCGGUAACAGCGUCAGCUGCCAGUGACAGUGUACGUCCAUGGGCACCGAUUCUCACAGUCUGGAAUCGCUUGUGA